AUGCUCUCGUCAAGUGGAGGAAACACAGCCACGAGUGGCGUGGCCAAUUGGCCACGUACCGGUUGUGAUUACUUCACAGCAAGACAGGCUUCUGCCAAGGUACAGUUCUCCUGCGAAACUGGCGUUAACAAGUUCUGGCCGGCGCCUACGGAGUUUCGACUGUAA